UAGCAUUGGAUAGACACCACACAUCAUAAAUCAUGUGCAGAAUUGCCACUUGGGUUGCACCAGCCCUUGCACCCAAUCCAUCCUCUCAUUCUCUUUGAUGAAAAGACACAUUAUCCUGAACAAGAAGACAAACAAAAGACCAAAUGCCAACUCUGCAAUGAAUCUCGCCGACAAUACACUUAUCGCUGUCACCGCUGCGACUUCAACCUUCACGCCACUUGUGCUUCCUUACCGCCCACCAUCCAAUCUUCUCAAGUCCACCACCACCCAUUAACUCCCUUUUGGAAGUGGAUGUCGUUCACUUGUGACCUUUGUGCCAAAGAAGUCAAGGGUAUACCUAAUCAGUGUGCCCUAUGUGGUUUUUGGGUUCAUAAUAGUUGUGGUUCUUUGCCACGCAGACUCAAAGUUAUACGUCACAAGCACCUCCUCCACCUCACCCAUUCUUAUCUUGAAGUUAGACUCCAUCAAUCCGACUCCCGAUUCUGUCAACUCUGUGUUCAAAAGGUGAACACAAACUAUGGAUUUUACUAUUGCUCCAAAUGCGAUUUCGUUGCCCACCUCGAUUGUGCUGCGGACUACAGAAAUAGGGAGAACAUAAAUUUGCAGGAACUUAAAGAGGGGGAGAAUGAAGAUCCAGAGCUCGAUCAAUCUGUUGACUCAGCAGCUUACAAAGUCAAAAAUAUCAAAGAGAGGGAGGACGGAACUGAAAUAGCCAUAGAAAAAAUGCAACGGGUGCGUACAAGCAAUUCCCCUCCCUUUUACAGUUGUUUAAAUUGUAGCUUCUUUCUACAUGAAUCUUGUGCUAAAUUACCUAGAAAAAAACGACACCCAUUUCAUCAACACUUACUCACCCUCUUCCAUGUGAAUACGACAUUUGAGUGUUAUGCCUGUAAACGUAAUUUCAAUGGCUUCACCUAUUGGUGUGGUAUAUGCCAGUUUAAACUUGAUUUUCAAUGUAGUUUAAUCUUAGACAUCCUUACCCACCCUGGUCAUGAGCAUCAACUUCUCUCAAGCAUAGAAUCUAAACAUAAUUGCAGUUGUUGUGAUUCUAAAAUUUCCCCAAUAUUCCGUUGUACCACUUGCAAAUUUGCUUUGGAUUUCAAAUGUGCAACACUACCACAAACUGCAAGGUACAAACAACAUGAGCAUCCCUUCACUCUCCGUUAUACUGCUGAAGAUGAAUCGGGUGAAUAUUAUUGUGAUAUCUGUGAAGAAGAACGCAACUCAAAGCAUUGGUUCUACUAUUGUGCAAAUUGCGAUUAUCCUGCACAUACCAGAUGUAUUCUUGGAAAAAACCCAAAUGUCAAGUAACGCAUAUGAUGGUCACCUAUUUGGAGGUGUUAACACAUUUGACUGUCACCCACACACCAUUACUUUCAUUGAGGAAAUUAUAGACUGCCCUCGAUAUACUAGUUCUUGCAAAGAGUUGAUCUAUCAAUGGGCCCAAUGUAAUUUCUAGAUGCACUUUUAUUGUUUAUAGAAAGAAAAAUAUUGUUUAAAUUUUUAUUCUAUACUAAACAUAGUACACAGAAUUUUUGGUGCAUGAAAUCUGUAAUUCUUAUUCUAUUUAUUUUAUUUUAUUUACUUUUGAACUUAAGCUUAGCUUAUUAGGAUUGUUGUUUCGUACCUCUCAAAUGGCCACAACAUUUAA